AUGUUAGAACCUCGAGUCUCUAGUCACUUGCAAAUUGUGAACUGCCCCAAUUUCAUAUAUUUUUCUGAAAGAGGUUUCCAUGCCCCCAGUCUGGCUGGUUUUGCAGUUGGAGCCUACAAGAAGCUAGAGGUGCUGCCUGAGGAAAUGUCUAACCUCUUUCCAUCUUUGAAAACCCUGUACAUCUCAUUUUGCCAAGAGCUGGAGUCAUUUCCUGAGGGUGGUUUACCCUCUAAUCUGAUUAAACUUGAAGUUUUAAACUGCUGUAAACUCAUUGCAAACAGAAAGAAGUGGAAUUUGCAAAAACUCCAUGCUCUUAAACAGUUAAUAAUUAGAGAUGAAUUUGGAGGUGCUGGUGUGGAAUCGUUUCCAGAGGAUGGUUUGCUGCCUUCCACUCUUACUGUUCUUAACAUCUCUGGAAUUGCAAGUCUUGAGAGGGUGAAAAUAAAGGGCCUUCAACAAAUCAGCUCUCUUCAAUGUCUAGGAAUCAAGUCAUGCCCUCAAUUAAGAAAUCUGCCAGAAGAGAGAUUCUUUAAGUAUCUAUAA